AUGGAGCCCGUGCUGGAUGAAAAUCCUCCAUUCAAGCAGAAGAUGGACCCGCCCUACAAGCCGCAGGUCAAGGGCAAAACGGAUCGCGCAAACUUCACGGCCCGCACGGACGACUUGCCGCCCCAGGUGCCUUACAAGGAUGAUGGCAGCAAUUGGGACAAGGACUUUGCCACGAGAAUGCAUGCCAUGCAAAGCGUCAUGCAGUGGAUGAACGAGAUGCAGGAAGUGCGCUCCACUCUCUUCCUGGCAAGCUUGAUGAUGGAGAUUCGAUCGAAGAACCUGGCAAAGUUGGAUGCGGCGUUCCGCAGGACCACGGUUCUGGUGUCACCGGUGGACCAGCGCCUGCUGCGGACCAAGAAUGUGCUGAAGGGGAAGUCCUGGUACUUGCAAGCGCAUGGCCGAUGCGAUAGCUCCUCGGGUAGCACUCGAUCGUGCUCAGAGACCAGUGAGGAGGCCUCGACUUGCGGUCAGGUUUUGGGCGCGGAAGAGAUGACCCUCGAGGACUUUCUUGGUUCCUGGGUGGAUGGUGACGGCAACAACAUCCACGUCUCCCGCUCGCCAAAGGGGCAUUUGGCGGUGAACAUUUCCAGGCCUCCGUUGCGUCAGCUCCGCCUGGAGCUCCGGAGAUCGGAGGCUGGAUGGACAUGCGGAAAUGCCACGCUGGGCGACUGCUGCAAGGAGCAGUUACUUUGGCGCUUCCCGGGCGCCCACGUCUCUACGUGGCUGCGGCAAGAAGCGCUCGGGGAUCAGAAGCAGGCUUGGCUUGGCAUUUGGGAUCCUGAGAAUGGCUAUGGCCCCUGGGGUCCUGCGUCCGUGACCUUCAAAGAUGUCGCGCUGAUGAUCUCCAACGGCAUGAUGGACACCAUGAUGGUGCCCGAAAUGCAGGAGGACGGCACGAUGCUUUUUGUGUCCUUGACGCCGAAGAAGAUGAGUGAGCUGAUGUGCUGA